AUCCGUCAAACCAACCGUUACUAACCACAUACAUAAGAUGAUCCAACAUGGAAGACCAAGACUUUCACUACACGCUAGGGGUUUGUUAUUCGCGAUGACGAAGGAGCGUUGUUACUUGUUAGUGGCGGGAGCCAUGAUAUUUCACCCAGAUGACUCCAUCUUAUUUGCUGGAGGUUUAACACUUUGAAAAAGAACUAAAAGUACGUUGGCGAUGGGGUGUAAAAUUCUUAUUAUUGAAGGGGAUAACUUGGCGGUGAAUGAACAUGAUUUGGCAGGUCCUGGGGAGAUUAGUGGGCUCGUUGAGGAUGCUAGUCGGAUUUAUUGAAUUUUGAUUCAUCUUCGGUCAUUCAUUGUUAGCGGAAUAUCGAAUAAGCGGUGGAUUUCUCGGCGGCGAAAUUAGCUAUUCUCCUACUAUAUCGUUAUGGUUUAAUUAAGUUUCACUCUCAAAAGGAUUAACAUGAGGAUCAGAUAUGCAUAACUAGAUGUAUUUGAAAUUGAAUCUCAUCUACAACUAAUUGAUUAAUUGUUUAACUUAUAUAAUACCAACGCGUGGUGGCGGCGGCGGCGGAUGUUUUGCAGUGCCUUAAUUUCGAAAUCUGAAAAGGUGAUAUUGUGGUGACAACCUUUGCAGUGAUGACUUCUAAUGGCAGUGCUGAGAUGUGAUACGGCGCCCGCCGGUGUUGAGAUGUUUUCGCCACCACGCUAUUAGAGGAAGCCGAGUUGGGUAAUUAACUGGUCUAAUAAAACUUGAUUUUUUAAACUAAUUUUAUAUUUAAAAGCUAAAAUAAAAUUGGGCCAGCGACAGCGUAAUGAUACCAAUGAAAGGUCAGUAACUUAUCCCGUUUACCUUUUGCUUUAAUCCAGGGCAAUGUCACAUGCAGCCGGAACGGCAACGGUAAUCUUUAUCAUCAAUGUUCAAAUUAAAUACUACCUCCACUAAAUUAUCUGACUGCUUUGUCUCUUUAGUUAUCGUUAUAUCCUCUUGUUAAGUGUUUUUACGAUUACACCGUAUAAUAUACUCCCUAACAUAGAUAUUAAGUUAUUAAUCACCCAUAGUCCCUCUUUUUUAAAUUAACUUACAAUAUUCCAAGGAUAAAUUUUUAUUUGGAAGUAAAUAAUUAGGUCAUUUAUAUAUUUAAUAUAUACAGUGCGUCUCCUAUGACGAACGCGAAACCAAUAGCGUACCCCCCUAAAACUAUAUAAAAAAGUAACAGAUCUAAACUAUAGAAGUAACAUACCUAAACUAAAAAGUACCUCCUCUAAAAUUAUAUAUAAAAAAAAAGUAACAUGUUUAAACUAUAAAAGUAACAUACCUAAACUAAAAAUGUACCCCCUACAACUAUUCCGUAUAAAAAAAAGUAACAUGUCUAAACUAUAGAAGUAACAUAUCUAAACUAAAAAAGUACCUCAUCUAAAAUUAUAAAAAAAAGUAACAUGUCUAAAGUCUAAACUAUAGAAAUAACAUACCUAAACUAAAAAAAAUACAUUAUCUAAAAUUAUUAAAAAAAAAAAAUAACAUGUCUAAACUAUAGAAGUAACAUACCUAAACUAAAAAAAGUACUUCCUCUAAAAUUAUAAAAAAAUAAAUAAAUAACAUGUCUAAACUAUAGAAGUAACAUACCUAAACUAAGAAGGUAUCUCCCCUAAAACUACUCUGUAUAAAAAAAGUAACAUGUAUAAACUAUAGAAGUAACAUACAUAAACUAAAACAAGUAUCUCCUCUAAAAUUAUAAAAAAAAGGAAAAAUUACUUUAAAUAAUCCAACCCUUGGACCAUUUUCUGAAAUUAAGCCAACCUUUGGAUUAUUAUUUAAUAAUCCAACCUUAAUACCCAUCUAACUUUUAUUGCCCCUUGUAGGUCACCCAACAAGUUCAGCAGGUCAUUCUGAUGACGUGGCAUAUAGCCGUUAGUAACUCACGUGGGGUGGUCCCUCUUUCCUUUUUAUUUUAAAAAAAUCCUCCUUCCAUUUCUAUCUUUUAUCUUCUUUCUUUCUUUCUUUCUUUCUUUCUUCUUUUUUACUCUUCUUGGUUCCUUUCUUUCGUUCAUCUCCAUUGAAGAACAGCUCUGCUCCAAUUUUUUUUUUUUUUUUUGUUUCCCAAAUUUAACGACAAUGCAAGCUUGGAAGGGGCAAAUCUCAGGUGGGUCUGGAUCUUCACAAAAUUCACGAAGUGCAUUGAUUUGUGAAUGUGGUAAUGAAGCGGUUGUGCGGACGGUGAAACACGGUCCGAAUGUUGGAAUGAAAUUCCAUGGAUGCCCUUUAUGGCCAAAUACAACAUGUAAAUUUUUCAGAUGGAUACCUGGUAACAAUCAAAUAGAAGAGCUUGAGUGUAAGAUUUUGGAGAAGGAUUCUAUGAUAAUGAAGAUGGAGCAGGAGCAACAAUUAAUGGCAGAGAAAAACAAGAAAUUGCAGGUGAAAAAAGAGAAUCUGGAGGAAGAGAAUCAAGAGCUAAAAAUCGAGCUUUGCCACACGCGUAUUGAGCUUAUGAAGACCUCUAGAAAUGAGAAGAAUUUCUCGAUGGCUUUGUUAUGUUCCUGGGUGUUUUUUUGCAUCCUGAUUAUGUAUUUGAAGUAGUUAAUCGGGAUGAAUGUUUACCCGAAUAAUUGUCUUUUGAAAACUGUAAGAGUCACGAAAAAUAAGUUUUUGUUUUGUUUUAGAUCAGUCAUUGUGUAAGUGGUUAUAAGAUGUUCAUGUAUUGAAAGAAGUUGCAUAAUUGACGAAA